AUGUUUCGUCUUUGGAGUGCUGUAUUAUUUUUGUUUGUUAUCAGUAUCCAUGUAGCUUCAGCAAGUGAUAUUGAUGAUCGGUUAAAAGCUCAACUUUUGGCACUGGGCUUUCCUAAUGGAACACUACCCGUGCUUGUACCUGCAUUCGGCAACUAUGUAGAUUCUGUUCAAGUUGGCAAGCUCUUGUAUCUUUCUAGUGCUGCACCACAAACUCCAGCUGGUACAUUCGUCAAGGGACGUGUACCAGACGAAGUCGAUGUUGAUGAUGCCAUAACUGCUGCCAAGUUUGCAUGUGUUCGUCAAGUUAACAGAAUGAAAGCUGCGUUAGGUGAUUUGAAUCGAGUAAAAAAAAUAGUGUACAUUAGUGGCAAGAUUCAAACACAACCUGAUUUUAUUAAUCAUACUGUUAUUGUUGAUGGAUGUUCUGCCUUUUUGGUCAAUGUAUUCGGUACAGAAGUUGGCACACAUGCACGUACCGUGGCUGGAAUGGCAUCCUUAUCAUUGAAUGUGACACUUGAAGUUGAAACGAUAGUUGAAGUCAAGUGCAAAUAA